CCGAUAAGAAACAACAAUAAUAAGCAAAAUUAAACUUGUGUUCUUCCCACAACUAAACUAAGACUAUAGUUAUUUGCAAGCAUAAGGAAAAUCAUAGAUAUGGGAGACAUUGAUCCUGCUUUUAUACAAUCCACAGAACACCGUCCCAAAGCAAAAGUGGUGGAAGUUUGUGAGAUUCCAGUGAUAGACCUUUCAGAAGGUAGAAAAGAAUUACUCAUUUCACAAAUUGGCAAGGCAUGUGAGGAGUGGGGAUUUUUCCAAGUAAUAAAUCAUGGGGUACCCUUUGAGAUUAGUAGAGAGGUUGAGAUUGAGGCCAAGAAGUUCUUUGAGAUGAGCUUAGAGGAGAAGAAGAAAUUGAAAAGAGAUGAAUUUAAUGCAAUGGGUUACCAUGAUGGGGAGCACACCAAGAACGUGAGAGACUGGAAAGAGGUGUUUGAUUACCUUGUUGAAAACACUGCAGAAGUUCCAUCUUCUCAUGAACCAAAUGAUAUGGAUUUGAGGAUUCUCACCAACCAGUGGCCCCAAAACUCUCCUCGCUUUAGGGAAACAUUGCAGGAGUAUGCUCGAGAAGUGGAAAAGCUAGCUUACAAGUUGUUGGAGCUGAUUUCACUGAGCUUGGGUUUGGAUGCUGAAAAAUUCCAUGGCUGUUUCAUGAACCAACUCAGCAUGGUGAGGCUCAAUUACUAUCCCACAUGCCCUUUCCCUGAUUUGGCACUUGGUGUUGGUCGCCACAAGGACUCCAGUGCUUUAACUGUGCUUGCCCAAGAUGAUGUUGGAGGAUUACAAGUUAAAAGAAAAUCAGAUGGAGAAUGGAUUCCAGUUAAACCCACCCCAAAUGCAUUUAUUAUCAAUGUGGGGGAUAUAGUUCAGGUUUGGAGCAAUGACAAGUAUGAGAGCGUGGAGCACAGGGUGGUGGUGAAUACAGAGAGGGAAAGGUUUUCAAUUCCAUUCUUCUUUUCCCCAGCUCACUAUGUUAUAGUAAAGCCUGCCGAGGAGCUGGUAAAUGAGCAAAAUCCUGCAAGAUAUAGAGAGUACAACUAUGGCAAGUUCUUUGCCAACAGAAACCGGAGUGAUUUCAAGAAGCGUGAUGUGGAGAAUAUCCAAAUUUAUCACUUCAGGAUCUUGGAUUAGCCAUUUGGGUUGGCAUUCUCAAUAUCAAUAUCUGAGCAUAACUAGUUCUGCUAGUUCCAUUAUUUCAAAACCAAACAAAAUUGCGUUGGUUCGAUUCUGUCAGUAAAUAAUAAAACAUUAAGUCUAGUUCUAGUAUGUUUUGAAACCCAAGCUGAAUAGGAUCAUUAACAGAUCUCUGAUUGAGAUGUGUUGUUCUUUAAAUUUUUCUUAUAUAUAUUAAGAGUUCAAGACAUGGACUAGUGUAAGUUGUAGUGAGUAUCUGGUAAUACCUUAGAAAUCCAGGUUCAGCGUAAAACCACGGUGAAAUCAAUAUAAAAGCAACUAUUUGUUGCUCCAGGAAGCCACAUUGAGUGCAAAUCAAGUGUUACCAAACACACCAUAUAUUUAAUGACAAAAAAGAAGACAUUUUAUCCA